UGGGGCCUGGCCCGAGACCUGAGGACCUUCCGACAGCGGUCCUGUGGCCUGCUGCCCUUCCCCACCCGCCUGCCUUCCUCUGGGGUCAAGGAGGCCACCCAGCCCCAGGAGGGGUCUUCCUGUCCCCAUACCCGGAGAGGCUGCUUCCUGCUGGGGACCCUGGGGGGGAUGCACCACCUCUGAAUGAUGCCGGCUGCCACCCUGGGCCCACCCAGAAGGCUGCAUCGGGCCUCUGCUGCUCUCCCGACCCAGAGGGCUCUGCCUGACCUGGGGCCUCUGGUGCACAGGUUGCUGGUACCCGCCCUCUCCCAGCUGCAGGGGGUGGAGACUGACAGAGAGCCUUGGGAGGGGCUCUGGAGCCCUGGGCUGGGCUGGCUGGACACACUAGAGAGCUGUUUGUGUGGGGCUGGUGUGCUCCCCAUGGCGCCCGAGGACAAGGGUCAGUGUGGUUGCCAAGCCCCUGGGCUGAGCCCCUUGCAGGGACACCACACGCCCCAUGCUGGGCGCCCCCAAGGCCUGAGCUGGGACAGUGUGGAUGGGCAGAUCCUGGGCCAGUUGUGCUCCCUGACUGCGGAGGAGGAGAAGGAGGAAGAAGAGGAAGAGGCUGCCUACCUCCUGGGCGCUGCCUUCCCCAGCAUGGGCUCCCAGGAGUUGCGCCUGGCCUCCUUCCACCACUGGCCACUGGCCUCUCUGGUCCACCCCACCCGGCUGGCCAAGGCAGGCUUCUUCCACACGGGACCACAGGACAAGGUGAGGUGCUUCUUCUGCUGUGGGGGUCUGCAGAGCUGGGAGCGUGGGGAUGACCCCUGGACAGAGCACGCCAAGUGGUUCCCCAGGUGUGAGUACCUGCUGCGGUCCAGAGGACGGGCCUUCGUGCGCCGUGUGCAGGCCUCAUACCCAAGCCGGGGCAGGGUGGUCAGCGACACCCCUGCCCCUGAGUUGGCAUGAAUGUUCUCUGGUUUCUCCCAGGAUCCACCAGGAAACGCCGCCCGCUCCGCUCCUGUCCAAGGGGACCUUGACAUGGCCAUACUGAGGAGCGACGCCAACCGCCAGGGCUACGAGGACUCAGGUGUGGGUGGGACCUGGGAGGCAGGCUGCAGUGGGCGGGCUAUGCCUUAACAGCUGGGGCCUGGGCCCAGCACUGAGGGGUCCCCUGCAGGUGCCCAGAACACUGAGGAGCUGCAGAGGCUGGGGGAGGAGCGGAGCUGCAAGGUAUGCCUGGA